CACAAACAGAUCAAGCCUAUAGACCUCCUUAAACCUCCUUGGAUCAAUUGAAAGGUAAGAAACAUGUACUCGUCUGAGACACUAAGUGUCAACCAGAAGUUCACCCCAGCGUCGUCCUCUGCCACUGCCCCACCUCUUCCACCUUUCGGUGCAGCCCCGGCCACCAGCAUUCCAGUGAGUUCAGCAAACCAGACGUAUAAUUGGACUACUCCCACAUAUGCUCCUCCACCUCGCCCUCAAGCUCCAGUUCCUUGGUCCUCCGCCCUUUGCUGCGCCGGUGGAGAUAUUACAAACUUUUGUAUAACAUGUUGGUGUCCCUGCAUCACCUUCGGCCAGAUCACUGAUAUCCUCGAUAGAGGAUCCCCCUCUGGAUUUCUAAAUGGAGCAAUCUAUGCACUUCUCAGGCACUUCACUUGCUUGCAUCCGUUCUAUUCGUGUAUGUAUCGGUCCAGGAUGAGGCAUCAAUAUAACCUGCAAGGGAGUUCCUGUGGGGAUUGCCUUGUUCAUUGCUGCUGUGAGUCAUGUGCCUUGCGUCAAGAGUACAGAGAGCUCAAAAUCCGUGGAUUCGACAUGUUCAUAGGAUGGCAUGGUAACAUGGAAAGGCAGAACCGUGGAGUACCAGCGAUGGCUCCUAUCAUGCAACAAGGAAUGACUCGAUAGAUUGGAUUAAUUAAUGAAGAUUAUCUAAUUAAGGAAGCCUUUGGUUAACAUGGAUCGACUAAAAUUUUUUUGGGAGAGAGAAUGCUGAUGGUCCAGUAGCAUCUAUGUUAGUAUGGGAGCCAAUGAAAAUGUACACCCAAGUAUAAUCUAACAGGUUAGGGUGGGGUGGUUAUUUCACCAUCCUUAUGUAUGGGCACAAGCGCUCAUAAAUGAGUAGCGCUUUUUCUCUUAAGUUUUUAUUUUAAAUUUUGUAUUAUAUGUACAAGAUGUGAGGUGACUUCAUAGUUUAAUUUUUAUACUUUGUUUGUGAUUA